UGUCGUUUCUACAAGACUUUAGUUUAAAAGUCAUCUUCUUCUCCGAUACAGAUAAACAAAUUUCCCUCUCUCUCUAAUUCUCUCUCCUAAACAAAGUUUAUCCAUACUUUGUUGGAUAAUCCAAUUUUUCACUGGAAUUUGAUUUUAGGAUUUCAUUUUCUUCUUUGUGAGUGAGACCUCACCUGCCAAAGUUGAACCACCUAACAUGGCGGACGCUCCUAAUUGGAGAACACAAAUUCCACCUGGUUCUCGCCACACAGUUGUCACUAAGAUAAUGGAGACUCUGAAGACACAAAUUCCAAAUGCUGGACCAGAAGGAUUGGUUGAGCUUAAUAAAUUUGCUGUAAGAUUUGAGCAAGAAAUAUUCAAUGCUGCUACAAGUCAGUUGGAUUAUCUAGGAAAAAUAUCUUUGAAGAUGCUGGCAAUGGAGACAAAAUCUCAGACAAAUGGAGUUGCUAAUUCUUUACCCUUAAAUAGUGGUGGUGGUAGCCAAAAUCCUCAAGAUCCAGUGUCUCAUAGUAUGCAGUCCCAAUUGCGCAACCCAGGGCAGUUACAAAUUCCUUUAGCGAGCGAGUCUCAAGCACGGCAGCAGCUGUUAUCCCAGAAUAUUCUGAAUAAUAUCGGAAAUUCUGGAAUCCAAGGACCUGUAGCAUUGUCAUCUGCAUUGCCUUCUGGGGCCAAUCUCACUCAAUCCUCGAUGCCUAAUGCCAUUAAUCAGGGAUCCAACAUGCAUUCCAGAAUGGCACAGAAUUCUUCUGGGAAUCUAGUUGGUCAGGGAGGUUUAGCAUCGAAUAUGUUGGCUAACUCAACAAGGAAGAUGCAAGGAUAUCAGCUUCCACAACAGACCGGUUCUCAACAACAGCAGUCUCAAAGUUCGCAGAAGAUUUUGCAUCAGCAACAACACCUAUUGAAGCAGAAGCAGCAGCUGCAACACCUACCGGGAAACGUACCAUCCUCCAUUAUGCAGUCACGCAUGCAGCAACAACAACCACAGCAACAACAGCAAAACCCAAUGCAGUCAACUAAAUUGCAAUCUACUCAACAGCCUCAUAUGCAAAUUGGUCUUCAGCCAAGCCAGUCGGCACUUCAACAGACUCAGCCCUCAAUGAUGCAAUCUUCUUCAGGUCUUCACCAGAACCCGCAGUCUUCUGUUGCACAGACCACACCUAAUGUUCGUCAACAAUAUCCACAGAGUGUCCUUAGGAAACCACAGCAACAGGCUCAACGGUCUAGGCACCAACAAGCUCCUGUUCUGCAUCAGCAACAGCAUCUGGUGUUGCCUUUACAGCAGCAAAUAAAUGUCCCAAAUUUGCCUUCACGGCAACAAAACAAUGUAUCCAAUAUGCAGCAGCAACAACAGCAGCACAAACAGGGGUUGCUAGAACAUCAGAAUAACAUCGCAAAUAUGCAGCAACAUUUACUUGGAAAUAAUAUCCCCCUUCAGCAGCAGCUAAGUCAACAAAGUAACACGUCAGGGUCACAGAAGCAGCAUCAGCAGCCAAUGCAUACCGUGCAUCAGCAAAGGGAAAACAUGCAGAAACAACAAAAUGCACAGGUAUCAACAAAUUUGUUACAAAUCCAAGAGCAACAUGCACAAUCCCAACCAGCACUACAACAACUUAUGUUACAGCAUCCAUCUCAAACAACGCAAAUGCAUCAGAAAUUGGGAUUGCAACAACAACCAAAUUCAUUACAAACGGACAUGCAACCAAAGAUUCAGACAUCUACUGGCUCGAUGCUCAACCAUCAAAGUUUAUUGGAUCAGAAGCCAGUGUUCCAUUCACAAAGACCACCUCCAGAGGACUCAUCAGCAGCAAUAGAUGCAGCAAUAACAGGAAAUGCAACCACAACUGGAAAUGUUGUCGAUGUGCAGGAGGAAGUUUAUCAGAAAAUUAAGUUCAUGAGAGAAAAAUACUUACCAGAUCUUAGUCACAUGCACCAGAAGAUCUCUCAAAAAUGCCAACAGCAUGAUUCUCUUCCACAACCACCGAAGUCUGAACAACUUGAGAGGCUCAAAGCUUUCAAGAAUUCGUUGGAAAAAAUAAUGGGGUUCUUGAAUCUUCCCAAAAGUAUGAUGAUACCUAGUUUGAAGGAUAAGGUGGCUUCGUAUGAGAAACAGAUCCUGUGUAUUCUGAACUGGAAGCAUUCAAGAAAACCUGGCCUACCCCAGCCACAACUUCAGCAACAGCAGCACCAGAUGCAUUUGGAUAAUCAGAAGCAGCAACAGUUGUUGCAGCACCACCACCAGCAGCUGCUGCAAUCUACAAACUCACCCUUUAUUGUCCCUUCUCCUUCUCCACUCCUGGCUCGUUCUCCAAUUCCCGGGGAUCCCGAGAAACAGACUUCUGGAGUUUCCUCUCAGUCAAAUACAGGAAACAUUGGGCAUGUACAUAAUACUGCUUAUCUUGGUGAAGUGCAAUCUCCUGCUAUUGGCACUCCUGGGAUAUCAGCAUCCCCUUUGAUCGAAGAGUUCACUGGUCCAAAUGGCAAUCAGGUCACAUCCUCCACAAUCACUAAGCCAAGUGUUACAGAGCAGCCCAUAGAACGCCUGAUGAAAGCGGUAAACUCCAUAUCUCCUAAAGCAUUUAGUGCUUCUGUCAGUGACAUUGGGUCAGUCAUUAGUAUGAUCGACUGGAUAGCUGGAUCUGCACCAGGUAAUGGAUCCAAAUCUGCUGUGGGUGAAGAUUUGGUGGCUAUGGCAAGAUGUCGUAUACAAGCAAAGAAUCUUAUUCAACAAGAUGGAAGCUCAGCAAGGAAGAAAAUGAGGCGUCACACAGUUGCAGUUCCCUUAAAUGCCAUGUCAUCAGCUGGCAGUAUGAACGAUAAUUUCAAGCAGUUGGUUAGUAUGGAAUUAUCUGAUAUUGAGUCCACUGCGACCACUAGGAUGAAGAGAUCUCGAGAUGAGGCCAUCCAUGUGUUGCUGGAGGAAAUUGGGAAGAUUAAUCAACGUCUAAUCGACACUGUAGUGGAUAUCAGUGACGAAGAUGUUCGUUCAAUUGCAGCUACAGGUGCUGCUGAAGGAACCAUUGUCAAGUGCUCCUAUAACGCUGUUGCUGUCAGUCGGAACUUGAAGGCGCUGUAUGCUUCAGCACAAAUGACUCCAAUUCAGCCCUUAAGGUUGCUCGUUCCCACAAAUUAUCCGAAUUGUUCUCCGAUACUCUUGGACAGGUUUCCCGUUGAACCGAGUAAGGAGCACGAAGACUUAUCAACCAAGGUAAAGUCGAGGUUCGGCAGAUCUCUUCGCAGUCUUUCACAGCCGAUGUCUCUUCACGAUAUGGUGAAGACCUGGGAUGUAUGUGUUCGAGCAGUGAUAUCUGAUUAUGCUUGCCCAAGAGGAGGGAGCUUCAGCUCAAGGUGUGGUGCUUGGGAGAAUUGCCCAAGUGCCAUUGACUUGAUCAGCUAACUGACCCUGAUUCAGAAUCUCUUCUUCAGAGAAUACUCAUUUAUAUCAUUUACAGUCCCCUUUGCAGCAUUAAUAUGAAGGAAUUGACUGUACAGUGUAAAUCCAUUUUACCCUUGACGGCAUCAUCACAAAGAAGAUUGGCUAUUUUAAAGUAAAAUGAAAAAUUGAUUGUACAGAGGAUGUUGCAUUAUGAUUUAAUAGAGUAAUUAUCCAUAAUUUUUGUUAGAAUACUGAUUAUAUCUUAUUACGUUGUCAAUGUCUGGGUUAGUUGUGAAAGUGAACUCUUUGUACAUAUGAAAAAGGUACAUAUAAAAUGACUUGUAUGAUGUAUCCCAUA